AUGAAAGCGCCUGUAGCCCCGACAGUCCUGAAACCAGACAAGAAAGGCCAUGUUUGUCCGCCGUCCAACGCCACGCAUCCGUCGGGUCGCUGGGAAACCUUAUUCGUAUACGCAUUCAUAUGCAAGUUUACACCCUUGAAGGCGAAGGUUGAGGGUUUGGAAUCACCUCAGGACUUCGAGGAUGCGCUGCUGUCGCCUGAAGCCACCAAUGUCAUGACUCAGAUUCUUUCGCGUUUUGUCACCAACCUGCGUCCGCAGACGCGUAAUUUGAGCACGGAUCAGAUCUCCAGCACGGUGGCCGCCGUACUGGGCGAAUAUUUCAAAACCUCGGAGAGGACUGUUUUCUGGGACGAGAGCUUGCAUGCCAAUGUGGACCCCUUCUUGAACUUACCCGGGGGAUUCUUCUCUGCGGACUGGGAUCUAAAGCUCAAGAUCCUGCGACAGCUAGUUGAGCUUCAGUUAACUCACGGCACAGAAAUCAAGGGCAUCAUCGAUAGCGCGUGGGGCGUCGUCCACAACAAGCACAAAAGAAAGGAACCGUCGUCAGCGCCACCCCUACCCGACCCCAGCGACCCUCACUCACGGGAAAACCUGCAACUGCUGCCCGUAGGCCAGGACAUCACGCGUAAACGAUAUUGGAUUGCGGACGAUUCUCCACGUGUAUGGGCAUCAACGAAUCCGUGGAAGAUCACGGCGGGGUUUGAGGUCGUAUCAUCCAGCCGAGAAGAAUACAUGGCUGCGAUUGAGAAGUUGAAACAAAUGGCGCCUCAGAGUGUGAAGAAGCGCCUCGAAGUUGCACACGCAGCUCUGGUUCUUGCUCUCGAAGAGCGGGUUGAAAAGAUCGACGCAGAGCUGGCGCGCGUGGCACGUGUCCGGAAGAAAAUUCAGCAACGUCAAAUCCUCAUGGCUCAAGCGGAGAUUCGUGAAACAAGGACACGUCGACAGACACGUCGACCUGACUACGUUUACCAGCAUGAAGACCCUGACAGUGACGUGUGUGAUGGUUCAUUUCUUCCAUUGCAGGACGAUAUGGAGGAAGACUACCAGUACAAAGAAGAACACGACGACGACGAUUAUGAUUCAGUCGUCGAAGAUGGAGGACCUAGUAAUGGUCGUCGCAAUGGGAACGGAAGGCGCCGCUCUACCCGGACCGUCACAAAUGGCUAUCGCCAAGAUGUCGAUGAUUGGUCUGACUGGCGCGGAGAGAGACGCUCGGCACGACUAGGCGCUCCUCCUGAAACACGGGGCGAGGGCCCUGCACCAAAACGUGCACGAACCCAUGACAGUAGCGCCAGCGAUGGCGGUUCGGCCGUAUCUGUGGCUGCAGAAACCCGAAACCAGCGACAGGGUGCGGCGGUGCUCAAACCGACGGAGACUGCUGUGGAUCAGGUGGGAACAAAGAAAAAAAGCAAAUACUGGUUUUACGCUGUUGAGCCAGUUCCUGGAGCCACUAUCGACCAGUCGGAGCCAGGACCUCCGACUUCAUCGAACGACGCCGAUUCCUCGAGCGGAUACGGCGAGGGCGGGAAUGGACACGUGAAGCAAAGCCCGCAAGAUAGCAGCAUUUCACUAUCCUUAGAUAUGGAUGGAUCAUGA